CUGGCAUCCGCCCUCUCGCAAUCCCUCCCGAAACCAACCUACACGGGCGAAGACGAGGAACUCCCCACGCGCGCCACCCAGCGCAGCGGCCCACGCAUCGUCGGCCCCGGCCACUUCGACGAGACCGCCGUCGUUCUCAAGCGCGCCGGCGGGCCCCCUCUCUAUGGGCAGCGGGUAGGAUGGCGACCGCGUAAUCCAGAGGACUUUGGCGAUGGCGGCGCCUUCCCCGAGAUCCACAUCGCACAGUACCCCCUGGACAUGGGCCGCAAGGGCGGUUCGGCGUCCAAGUCGAACGCGCUGGCCCUGACUGUCGAUGCUGACGGCAAGGUGAACUACGACGCCAUCGCGAAGCAAGGCCAUGCCGAGGGCCGCAUCGUCCAGACGAGCUUCAAGGACCUGAUCCCUCUGCGGCAGCGCGCCGAUGCGGGCGAGCUCAACCUCGAGCGGCCCAGCGAGGAGGAGGUCGCCGCCACGACGGAGCGGACCAAGGCCGCGCUGGAGAAGCUGGUCAGCGGCGCGGUGGCAUCGCAGAAGCCAAAGAAUAUCAAUGUUGGCGGGAAAAGAGACCCGACAUUUGUGCGGUAUACGCCGGCCAACCAGAUGGGCGACAGUUCCAAGAAGCAGGACCGCAUCAUGAAGAUCGUCGAGAGGCAGCGUGAUCCGAUGGAGCCUCCCAAGUUCCGAAUCAAGAAGAUCCCGCGUGGACCGCCAUCACCUCCGCCGCCCGUGCUGAGGUCGCCGCCGAGAAAGCUGACGGCCCAGGACCAGGAGGACUGGAGAAUCCCGCCGCCUGUGUCGAAUUGGAAAAACCCAAAGGGAUUCACGGUACCGCUGGACAAGAGAUUGGCUGCCGACGGGCGUGGGCUUCAGGAUGUACAGAUCAACGACAAAUUUGCGCAGUUCUCAGAGGCCCUGUUCAUGGCGGACAGACAUGCAAGAGAAGAGGUCAAGCAGCGGGCACUCAUGCAGCAGCGCCUGGCGGAGAAGGAGAAGCAGCAGAAGGAGGAGAACCUCCGGAUGCUUGCACAACAGGCACGGGAAGAGAAGGCCGGCAGCAGCAGCAGACGCAGGUCCCGGUCUGGUAGUUACGACAGCCGCUCCGACGCUGGGUCGGCAUAUGACAGCGAUGACUCUGCCGUCCGUGAACGAGAGGAGGCACGCAAGGAGAGGCGUCGUGAGGAAGAGCGCAAGCUUCGGCAGUCACGCAUGGGCGCGGAGCGACGUAUACAGGUCAUGGCCCGCGAGCAGAACCGGGACAUAUCAGAGAAGAUCGCCCUCGGCCUGGCGAAGCCUACGCAGAGCAAAGAGGGCAUGUACGACUCUCGGCUCUUCAACCAGACCAGUGGGUUUGACAGCGGCUUCAACGAGGACAACCCGUACGACAAGCCGCUGUUUGCGGCGCAGGAUGCCAUCAGUAGCAUCUACCGACCACGUGCAAAUAUGGACGAUGACGAUGAGGCAGCAGGCGACAAGGAGAUGGAGAAGAUUCAGAAGUCAGCCAGGUUCGGGGAGGUGCUGGGGCGCGGCAAGUUCAGGGGUGCUGAGGAUGCAGAGGCCCGGGAGGGCCCAGUGCAAUUCGAGAAGGAAACAGCGGACCCGUUCAAUGUCGAGAAGUUUCUGUCAGAGGUGGAGCAGUCCUCGAGCAAGAGAGGAUACGGUCUUCAAGAGGCCGAAGACCGCAAGUCGAAGAGGCCCCGCGUGGAAGAUGACGACUAG